CCCUCCCCAGGGCCCCUCGGUGCCUCCUUCAGUCCCUUCCAAAACUGACUGACCUCUCCCCGCAGGAGAUGGAACCCCCAGGGAGAACAGCCCGUUCAUUCACGGCGGCGAGGUGGACAGGGAGAGUCUCUUUGAGCGAAAGAACAUGGCGCUGUUUGAGGAGGAAAUGGACAGCAACCCCAUGGUGUCCUCACUGCUCAACAAGCUGGCCAACUACACCAACCUGAGCCAGGGCGUCGUGGAGCACGAGGAGGCCGAGGACAGCCGGCGGCGCGAGGCCAAGGGCCCCCGCAUGGGCACCUUCAUUGGCGUCUACCUGCCCUGCCUGCAGAACAUCCUCGGGGUGAUCCUCUUCCUGCGCCUGACCUGGAUCGUGGGGGCGGCCGGCGUCCUGGAGUCUCUCCUUCUCGUGUCCAUGUGCUGCACCUGCACGAUGCUGACGGCCAUCUCCAUGAGCGCCAUCGCGACCAACGGCGUGGUCCCAGGUACGGGGCACCGUGGCUGGGGCGGCUGUGGGUGGCUGAGCAGGCCCUGCUGUGACCGCGUUGCGCACACGGUCUCCUUCCGACCUCCGCCCCCUCCGACCCCAGCAGCCGCAGAUGAGGCAGAAGGGGGUCCCGGUGUGGACACGCCAUCGCCUGCCUGGCAGGACAGGCCUCGCAUCUGGAGGGGCUGGCGGGUGGGGGCACAUCCUCACACUUCAGCCCCUCAGCCGGGACCCUGCCUGCGGGCAGCAGUGCUCACAGCUCCGGCCCCACUGGAGCAAGGAUGCUGUGGGCUUCUGCAGGCUGUCUGGGGCGCGGCCCUCGGGGGCGGGCCUCCUGCUGUGGCUGCUUGUAUUCUCGUCAGUCACAGCUUCCAGACCCGGCGGCUGGUGUGGAAGCCAGGCAAGGCCACCCAGAGUGCUCGGCAGGUGAGGCUGGAGCCUCCCGAGCCAGCAGGCUUGCCAGGCACGGGUGGUGGGUGGUGUGUGGCCGAGUGGAGAGUGGGAGCCCCGAGGCCUGCAGGCUGUGAGCUCGGGGGUGUGGCCAAGGGACGCCCCAGCCCGCCGGCCCUGAGGCCAGCAUUCCUUAUAAGUGGGUUCAAGGCAGAAGAGCCCCCAGUUUGCCAGAAGGCUCCUCCGAUGUCACGAUCUCUGGGAAGCCUGCUGGCCCUUGCCACCCUGCCCCAAUUUUCCUCCUGCUCUGUCGCCGUGGCUGUGGAGGCCGGAGACACUGGUGCUGCCCCCACCCCCUCCAGGUUCCUGAUGGCGGGCGAUGGGGUGACUGCUCCUGGUCUGUCACCCUUCCCUCGGGCCCGCAUGGCUCUCAGAGGGCUGCGCUGGCUCUUCAGGCUGGAUUCACAUCCCUGUUGGCAGAAAAACACUGCCUUUACUUUCAGUUGGGGCAGCGGGAUGUCCUUGUGUUCUGCUCCCUGGGGGGUGCCCGAGUUUCACCUUGGAAAAGUGCUCCAUCCCCCACCAUCCAAUGCCCCUGUUUUCCGAGAUCCUGUCCUAAAUGCAUUCUGGUGGGGUGGGGUCUCUCGGGGAGGGGGGAGCCCAGCACUGAGCCCCACCAGAGAAGGCCCUUUGGAGGUGCUGGAGUGCAUCCAGCCUGUCCCUCGCAUGUCCCUCCUGGCCCUUGUUGACCUUGCUCUGUCCGCGCAGACCUACAUUUCCCCCAGCGCAGCCAUCAUCCAGGCUGAGGCGGCGGAUGGUGAGGCGGCAGCCAUGCUGCACAACAUGCGUGUCUACGGGACCUGCACGCUGGCCCUCAUGGCCAUGGUGGUCUUCGUGGGCGUCAAGUACGUCAACAAGCUGGCCCUGGUGUUCCUGGCCUGCGUCGUGCUGUCCAUCCUCGCCAUCUACGCCGGCGUCAUCAAGACCGCCUUCGACCCUCCGGACAUCUCGGUCUGUCUGCUGGGGAACCGCACACUGUCCCGACGUGGCUUCGACGUCUGUGCGAAAGUCCAGGCCGCCAACAACGGCUCGAUGGCCACCGCGCUCUGGGGCCUCUUCUGCAACAGCUCCACGGCCAGCACCUCCUGCGAUCAGUACUUCCUCCAGAACAACGUCACGGAGAUCCAGGGCAUCCCCGGUGUGGCCAGCGGCGUCCUCCUGGACAACCUGUGGAGCGCGUACACGGACAAGGGCGCGUUUGUGGAGAAGAAGGGCCUGCCCUCGGUGGCCGUGCCGGAGGACAGUGGGGCCGGCGGGCCGCCAUACGUGCUCACUGAUAUCGCCACCUGCUUCACCCUGCUGGUCGGCAUCUACUUCCCGUCUGUGACCGGCAUCAUGGCGGGCUCGAACCGGUCUGGGGACCUCAAGGAUGCCCAGAAGUCCAUCCCCAUGGGGACCAUUUUGGCCAUUGUGACCACAUCUUUUAUUUACCUCUCCUGCAUUGUGCUUUUUGGGGCCUGCAUCGAAGGCGUGGUCUUACGAGACAAGUUCGGGGAGGCCCUGAAGGGCAGCCUCGUCAUCGGCACUCUGGCCUGGCCGUCUCCCUGGGUCAUUGUCAUCGGCUCCUUCUUCUCCACCUGUGGGGCCGGCCUGCAGAGCCUGACGGGGGCCCCACGUCUGCUGCAGGCCAUUGCCCGGGAUGGCAUCGUCCCCUUCCUGCAGGUGUUUGGCCACGGAAAGGCCAACGGGGAGCCCACAUGGGCUCUGCUGCUCACAGCUCUCAUCUGUGAGACUGGCAUCCUCAUCGCCUCCCUGGACAGCGUGGCCCCCAUCCUGUCCAUGUUUUUCCUCAUGUGCUACAUGUUUGUGAACCUGGCCUGCGCCCUGCAGACACUGCUGCGCACGCCCAACUGGCGUCCGCGCUUCAAGUACUACCACUGGACCCUCUCCUUCCUGGGCAUGAGCCUGUGCUUCGCGCUCAUGUUCAUCUGCUCCUGGUACUACGCCCUGGUCGCCAUGCUCAUCGCCGGCUGCAUCUACAAGUACAUCGAGUACCGCGGGGCUGAAAAGGAGUGGGGUGAUGGCAUCAGGGGACUGUCGCUGAACGCCGCCCGCUACGCCCUGCUGCGUGUGGAGCAUGGCCCCCCACACACCAAGAACUGGAGGCCCCAGGUGCUCGUGAUGCUGAACCUGGACGCAGAGCAGAGCGUGAAGCACCCCCGCCUGCUGUCCUUUACCUCGCAGCUCAAGGCCGGCAAGGGCCUGACCAUCGUGGGCUCCGUGCUGGAGGGCACCUUCCUGGACAAGCACGCGGAGGCCCAGCAGGCCGAGGAGAACAUCCGGGCUCUCAUGUGCACCGAGAAGGCCAAGGGCUUCUGCCAGCUGGUGGUGUCAUCCAGCCUGCGGGACGGCAUGUCCCACCUGAUCCAGUCAGCCGGCCUGGGGGCCCUGAAGCACAACACGGUGCUCAUGGCCUGGCCCCAGUCCUGGAAGCGGGAGGACAGCCCCUUCUCCUGGAAGAGCUUUGUCGACACUGUCCGAGACACCACAGCGGCGCAUCAGGCCCUGCUGGUGGCCAAGAAUGUGGAUCUGUUCCCGCAAAACCAGGAGCGCUUCAGCGACGGGAACAUCGAUGUGUGGUGGAUCGUGCAUGACGGGGGUCUGCUCAUGCUGCUGCCCUUCCUGCUGCGGCAGCAUAAGGUGUGGCGGAAGUGCCGCAUGCGCAUCUUCACGGUGGCCCAGGUGGACGACAACAGCAUCCAGAUGAAGAAGGACCUACAGAUGUUCCUGUACCACCUGCGGAUCAGCGCCGAGGUGGAGGUGGUGGAGAUGGUUGAGAAUGACAUUUCAGCGUUCACUUAUGAGAAGACGCUGGUGAUGGAGCAGAGGUCCCAGAUGCUAAAGCAGAUGCAGCUGUCCAAGACGGAGCGCGAGAGGGAGGCGCAGCUUAUCCACGACAGGCACACCGCGUCCCACUCUGUGGCGGCCGCCAGGACCCAGGCCCCAUCCACACCGGACAGAGUGCAGAUGACCUGGACGAAGGAGAAGCUGAUUGCCGAGAAACAUCGGAACAAGGAUGCUGCUGCGUCCGGGUUCAAGGACCUCUUCAGCCUGAAGCCGAACCAGUCCAACGUCCGGAGGAUGCACACGGCUGUGAAGCUCAAUGGUGUCAUCCUCGACAAGUCCCAGGAUGCCCAGCUGGUCCUGCUCAACAUGCCGGGGCCCCCCAAAAACCGGCAGGGGGACGAGAACUAUAUGGAGUUCCUCGAGGUCCUGACCGAGGGGCUGAACCGGGUCCUCCUGGUCAGGGGCAGCGGCCGGGAGGUGGUCACCAUCUACUCCUAACGCUCGGCCACCCUGGGGGUGCACUGGGCAGGUGGGGACGGUGCUGCAGUGUGCAGUGGCCAGUGCGUGGCGUCCUGUAGAAGUUUCUAGAUGGCACCGGGGCUCUCCAGGCCGAGUGCUGACGUGUGACUGAAGCCUUCCCCGCGUCCCAGGGCAGGCUCGACACCCUCAGUGCUCCCCAUGCUCCCGGGGUGCUGGCGGCGACCUGGUCUGUGCCCGUCCGUCUCCUGACGGCAAAGAGAGACAGGGAGCACCUGGACUCUCGAACUGAUCUCCCUGGGCUGGACCUGCAGGCUGUUGUGCAGUCAGGGUCACUCAGACCCCCGGCCCCCGCACGGUGCCAGGAGAAGCCCCCAGGCUGAAGCUGACCCGCGGUUGAGGGCUCGUGUCGGCUCCCCGGGCAAUGCUGCCCACCUGCCCCUCUCAGUAGCCGGGCUGGGGUUUCUGAAAUGGAGGCAGAGUAAAGACCGUCCCCUCGACGGUGGGCUCAUGUGCUGGUUCUUGCGGACCGCAGGGCAGGCGUCUGCGGGUGGGUGGGCGGGUCCUGGUGGGGUUCGUACCAGGAAGCAGCCGGUGGAAGAGCCAGGCCGUGCUCGUGACCAGUUGUCUCCCCGCACUGACGGCCCGGCCGGCACCCGAGCUGCUGUACCUGGUGCGGGUGACUGGGAGGCCGGGGGCGACCCUAGAAAUGGCGGAUGCCGGGAAUCCCCCGCUGCAGGCGACAGUGGAAGAGCCUUCAGGAUGGGGAGUGCCACACGGUCCAGCGUCUGACGCACUGGCUCCUGCAACCUCGUUUCCAUGCUUCAGGCUCUUGAGAGGGGACGGGGUGCAGCCGUGGGAGGUCCUGCAGCCACUGCACACGGCUGCCAGCUGAGCCUGUCACCUCCGGAUGGGCCUGGGGCAUUGUGGCUGUGGGGGUGGGGGUGUUCCCGCCACGUUUGGGGCACUGACAGGCACCUUCCCUUGAUCCUGGACUGUUUGCACUUUACACGCGCUGUCAUGUUCACCGUGUGUUGUUGCAGUAAUUUGUGCCUCACUUUCUGUAUGGGUUAUUUAUUUAUUUAAACGUCCGGGGGAGUUUCAGUGAUAAACAUCGUCCACAAGGAGGUUGUGUCUGUGAAAUGGGCUCCGAACAGCCAGGCCCUUGGCUUUCUCUGGUUGCCAUGGGCUCCCAAGGGAAUCGGCCCUGUCCACAGGCUUCAGGUCAGGCAGGGGCUAAGCGUGUGUUUCCAGAUGUUUCUGAGGGGCAGUCAGGCAGCAUGGAGGGUCAGCGUCACCGUCAGGAUGACCACGGCCAGAGCGUGUGCCAAACGCCACAGCUGAGCUUGGGGCGGGGAUCUCAGUUCAGCGGUGACUUGUACCUCCCUCUUCAGGUCCCUCUCCUGGGUCCCGGGUCCCUGUGCACCGGCUGGCAGGUUGGUCAAGGCUGGGAAGCAGCUGCGCAUACAGGACCCCCCACUCUCUGCGACACCCGGCCCGGCCAAGCACCUGCCACGUCUGUCUGCACCCUAGGUCCUUCCUGUUCUGUAAACUGUGGGACUCUUAACUGUGGCCGUUGGCUUCGUGUUUGCCUUUUCGAGGUUCUUUGUAUGAUUUUGUCAGUAGAAUAAAAUGAAGAUCUGAGUGUGUUGGAGAACACUCUGUCUCAUCGAGCAUGAAAAUUAAACGUGUGGAGAAACGCA